AUGCUGCAUGCGAUUGUACAGUGUGGCACGCAUCGAUUGCUGCGAUUGGUGGCUCUGAUUGUAAGCGCAUCGCUUGUGGAUUUGUUGGCCGCCUCACCGACGACCGUGUAUGAUAGUUACAGUGACAACCAGGCGCUUCUGGUGCGCACAGGGAUAGACGAACCAUCCGGACGCGAUCAAAAUUCAAUUUCCUUUCCACGUAACCCACUUGCUGCCUCUUCGUCUGGCUUCGGCGCACACGGUCCGGAAACUGCGGAAGCGCUUCCCGUCCAGCACCAACUUCUCGGCGGUGGUGGUGUAACGCGCGUUCCGUGGUACGGAUUAACCGAACUUUCCGACAUAUUGCUGCUCGGUGUGCUGGUAACGGUCGCGGUAAUCGGUACAUUACUGUUCGUUGUGCUGUUGUUGGGUUUGCGGGCGAAGCUGCACCUCUUCCGGGAACAGCGCGCAGACCGACACGAUAUACCACGGUCCGCGGACUAUGUGCAGCAGCUGCAGGUGCGUGAGUGCAGCGGAAUCAAGUGUGCUGGAGGUGGAAGUAAGCUAAAGUUGCUUAAAACACCACCUACUCCGCCAUCGCCACCGAUCGUACUGCUAGAGGCGAGUGCUUUGGUAAAACCGGUCCCGACGACGUGUAUAGCCGUGAACGGUGCGGACAGUAGCGGUGGUCGACGUCGUGUCGAGCAGCAUUUAAACCUAUCCGAUAAGCGGCACCGUUCGCCAAAAGCGAAUAAACGGCUGCCGGCCGUAAGUGUGCCGUUGCCAGUGGCAACGGUAAACAUGAGUACGUCGAUCGGGGCAACCACGAUAGACACUGCCAGCGCUACCAGUGAACGUGAGCCCGAACACCUAACGAUUGACGAUAAGGAAAACUGUGUAUCUUCCGAGCAGACCGAGGAACAACAGUCGGCCGGACAGCGUAACGUGCUGAAAAGACAAUCGGUUGCAGAUCAGUCCGUAUUCGGUACACCCGGAACGCCCGGGAACGGAUCACCUAACACCUACAUCCAGCUGUUGACACCAUCCUCGGCUUCAUCCCUUUCUACGUCCGCUGCAACCACCGACAAUAAUGCGACUCCUACCAAAGGACCCACUGAGUGCGGUGGUGGAAGCGUUAGCGGAGGACCACUGUCCGCAGCGGAAUCAAUGGCCGCAGCACGGUUUGGCUUUUCGCCCCGCUCUAUACACUCGUUCACCGUGCAGACAGCCACAUACUUUCGCUUUCCGGAUGUGGAUGAUUUUACACCGACACCGCGCACGCUGCCGAAGCGACACGGUGGUAAGGAGACCUGCUCUACACCUCCGGCCGUUGACGCACGCACCGAGGAGGAGGAAGAAGGCGAACAAGUGAGGCGGCUAGAGACGCGUGAUGCGCCAAAGGUGUCUGUUUUAGCACCAUCACCUGGCUCGAUGCCAUUACCACCUGCUCCACCGGUAAAAACGGUAGAACCUCCAAAAAGCGAACGUACGGAGGAGAUCGCGCCGGCCGUAACUAAGGAACCCGCAAUCGAACCGCGCACCGCACGUAUCUGUGCACCGAUGGCUAGCCGGCGCGUAAGGCUCAAAUCGAUAUCGCUCGAUUCCGAAGGCGCUCGGCUGGUGGAAGAAAAUCUUAGCUCGACCAUUCCCGUGCAAGAGUUGGUCGGGAUGGCAGCGCAUCGGUCCGGUGGGUUCGAUAGCGUCAUCGAUGAUGACGACGAUGAUGAGGAUAACGAAGACGACAAUGACGACUAUGAACGUAAACACGGCGAUAACGAUAAAGUGAACGCAUCCGCACACCAUGAGACUGAGGACGAGGAUGAACACGCUAUCGCAAAACGGUGUGCGGAACGGGCCAAACGUGUACGGAACAUUUUAAACCUUCGACUGAACAUCCCGCCCAUGCCGGGGUCCGGCAUUGGUACGGUGCAAUCACAGGCAAGACCUCCACCACCGGCCGCGUCGCAAUCGACCGGUUCGGUAGCAAAACCGAUCGUUAAAACGGUUACCGUCACCGGCUCUGUUUCAAAUCCGACAAUGAGCACACAGCAGCAGCACCAUCAGGCCCAACACCAUCAUCUGGAGGACAGCAAUGAGCAGUUUUACUUCGAGUACUUUGACUACGGUGACGAUGAGGAUGAAACGGACGACGAGUACGACGAGGUGCUGUACGGGGUGGAGCACGAGGACAAUAACAACAACAACAACAGUUGUGGCAACAGUACCCAUAUGGUCUCGUUGCCACCAGUCCCGAAAACUCCGACCCUAUCGCAGUCCAAGCAGAAGGCAAGUUCGCUCGAUUCGGACAAACUGAAGGUAUCGAUACAGUACGGUGCCGGCGGUGGUGGGUCUAGCAGUGCUUUCGGUUCCGUAAGCUGUGGUGGAGGCAUGAGCCACAUCAUGAGUAUCGCACAACCGACAACUGGACAGGGUAUGUCCAUGCUUAGCUACUUUCAAUCGCAUACCCAGCAGCAGCAACAGCAGCAGCAGCUGCAACAACAACAUCAGCAACAAUAUGGACAAUUUCAAUUCCAUCAACAACAGCAACAGCAGCAACUGUACACGACCCAACAAACAACCGGGCAGUUGCAGCAACCCCGACGGGUGUCUUCCGUUUCCGUGCCAACUACCCCGAAACGAUACCAGUAUCGGACGGCGGUCAAUCACCAUUACUAUCACCAUCAGCAGCAGCAGCAGCAUUACGCGAGUGGACAAUCAAAACUGAAACCCUCCUAUCAUCCGGGACCGACAAGUUCCUCCUCCUCAUCGACCGCACUCUGUAGCGAUGGUGGGCCAGCGAAUGGCAAUCGAAAGGAUAAGAAAUCUCCCCUCGGGUUGAAAGCGAUUGCUGGAUGUGACGGUGCAACUACGCCCCAGUCUCAAUCACCUUCCGACAAGGAAAAACCGGACGACGGAUCAAAAACGUCCGUGCCGACGAGUGGCCGGUCAAGCAUACUGCAGCGCCGUGGCUCCAACCACAGUCUCACCCUUAACCUGGACGUGUACAAUCGCGGGGGAAGUGUCGAUUUGACCUCGUCUAGCUGCAGUUUGUACCGGGGUUCUUAUAAAAACCUGCACCAGGUACAAUCGCACUCGCAGCUGUAUCAGCCACACCCGGUGGAACCACCGGUACGGGUACAAUGCCAUCAAGCCUCACCACAGCAACAACAGCAACCAACGCCGGCCGGGACAACGUCCAGCACGACGGUUCACAACAGCACCGGUGAUGCUGGCGGCAGCACGACCACCGGCAACACGACCAACAACAAUAACUCGAACACCAGCAAGAAGAAUCUCCUUCAGCGGCGUGGCUCCAACACGAGCCUUACACUGAAUCUCCGGUCCGGUGUUGGGACUGGUACCAGCGGCGGUGGUGGGGGCGGAGGAGGUGGCGGCGGUGGAAUCGGUUCCAACUUUGGGCUAAAUCGGUUCAGCAGUCACAAUUCGCUCAACAUCGGUACGAUUAAUGCGGGCACGCUCGGCGGUGGACAUCAUCACCAGCAGCACCAGCAGCAGUUACCGUCCUCGUCGAUGGUACGGUUAGCCGGAUCGCGCAAGAGCCUGCUCGAGCGGCGCAAUUCAAACGCCAGCCUAACGCUGAUCAACGUUAACCAACGCACACUGUCCGUUUCGAACUGCAAUCUGCGCGGGUCGAUCUGUAGCUUGAACAGUUUGCUGACAACGCACACCCAAAACGAACCGGCACCGUCCGGUAUGAUGCUGGAAGAGGACGAACUGGACGGUAAUGGCGAUAAUGAUCAUCAUCACCACCACCAUCAUCACCACCAUCACAAUCAUCAUCAUCAGCAUCAUGGUCAUCAUGGGCAGCAUGGGCAUUCCGGGCACCAUGGUACACAUCAUCGAGUAGGCGGCGAGUUGCGACGAUUCGGUAGUAGUGUCGAUGCCACCUUUUCUGGUAACGAUGGUACAGCCGCACAGUCUGAGCUGCUGGGUGCGAACGACGCUCGGGAUGGGAAUAGUGGCAGAUCGUGUGCGUACGGGCGACUUACGGUGAGUUCCGGACAUACCUCGAUGGAUCAGCAUCAUCACGGCGGUGCCGUUAAUCACGAGAGUGCACGUGGCGCAAGCAAUCGACAGCGGAAGUUCCGUAGCUCGGAUAGUUUACACAACAUCAAUGCUCGCGAACAAGGUCUGCAGGGCUGUGAGAUGAUGGGUGGUAGACAGCAUCACCACGGUCACGGAGCGAUGGAGCGAAGCCACCUGGAAGGCGAUGGGAAGCUAAUGUCCGUCAGUACCUACCAACAGCGCAGUUGCCAAUCGUCUUUCGAUGAGCGCCAUCAUUAUGGAUCGUCGGAAAAUUUUAAGGAGCAUCAGAACAAACUUUCUAUCCACCGCGGACUCUUCCAGAAGGAUCCGUCCACCGUAACGUCCACCUCGUCAGCCAACAAUCUGUCUGCACUCGGUACCAGUUCGCUGUACAACUGCUGUGGCGCAUGUUGUUGCGGCUGUUGCUGCUGCUGUACCGGCACGCUAGAUGGCGGUGGUUGUUGCGAUGGCAACGGGCUUGCACUGAAGGCGGGUAACUUAAGCAUCAGCAAUUCGAACGUACGCAACAUCUCGACCAAACCGCUCAGCCCGCAAACGACCAGUGAAGAUUUUAAGAUAUAUCUGGCCAACAUACAGUUCCUGCAGAAUGCAUCGAACGUACUGACGAUAGCCUACCUGCGGAAGUUGCACAACUUCUUCAGCAAAACGUAUCGCAAAAUGGUUGCUUCUGCUACACAGGAAGCGGUCCGGCAGCAGCGGACACACUCGAAGGAGGGCAACGAAGCAAAUGGGAAGGAACGGACGAAGGUGGAUGAUGCCGUGCAGGAGACGACAUCUAGUACGAAGAUGAUGUUAUUGCACAGCGACAGUCUGCAUCAUCCGCCAGUUUGUGACGAUGAGUCGUACGACGAGGAGCACAAGAAGAUGGUGCUGAAGAUACACCAGGAGUUUUGGGAUUUGCCCACCAACUAUCAGGAGAAACCGUUGGUGUUUGGAUCGCAGGCAAAGAAUCGCUAUAAAACCAUCCUGCCGAACGAACAUUCGCGCGUUAUUCUUGAACCGGAAAGGGCACCGAUCGCUGGCGGUGAACCAUAUAUCAAUGCAAACUACAUUAAGGGUCCUGAUUAUGCGAACAACAGCUACAUUGCUACCCAGGGACCGCUGCCAAACACAAUCUACGAAUUUUGGCUGAUGGUGUACCAGAAUGUCGCCCGCACAGCAACGGCCGCCGGAACAUCGCUUCAAACGGUCGGGCUGGAACAGAAAAUAGUGAUGCUAACAAACUUUGUCGAGAAUGGUCGCCAGAAGUGUGCGAUCUAUUUCCCACAAACCGAAUCCGAUUGGCUCGCGUUCGGCAAUACGGCCGAUGUGGAUGUGAGUGAAGUUUUACGAGAAAAGGAUAGUCUUUCUGCAAGAAUCUCAGAGCACGAGGAACAAGCAACGACCGUAACGAUGCAAAUACGAUGCGAAAGUUGUUUCUUUCUCGUACAGAAUGUAUGUGUAGAGCAGCGCAACGGUUACACCGUACGGACGCUGAACGUAAUCUAUGGUUCGAAAAUUACCGACGUGCCGGAACCUACCGGCGACUGCACAAACACAGAUGACAGUGGAUCGUUGUUUGAGCUGGUGGCGUUCCGAGCACAUCACUACUGGUUUCCCGACUGGCCCGAUCAUCGUUCACCGAACGAUAUAAACGUGCUGCUGGACUUGAGUCUCGAUGUGCUCGGUACGAACGUGCUGGAUACACCCAGGCCCGAAAGCAAUAACUCAUUGAAAGGCAAUCAACCCGGUACGCCGGGUCUGGAGGAGAUGGUUGGUGCCGCACAGCUGGCUGCCUUAUGCUCCUCCACACCGACCGUACUACCGAUCAUUCACUGUUCGGCCGGUAUCGGUCGGACGGGAUGUUUGAUCGCGAUACUGAAUGGACUGCGACAGCUCCGGCUGUCCGUAAUGGCGCACCAACGCAAACAGCAACAGCUGAAGCAAUCGUCCCAACCCGUUCCAGCUUCGUCGACCGUAUGUGGCGAUGAGCAAAAGAGUAACGACGACGGUCACAAAACAUCGGCGGAUGAGCUACAGGACGAGCUGGAACAAUCGUUACCCUUGCCACCUGUACCCGACGGAUCAGAGGGGCGAAGAAAACCCGCCACCAGCAUGGCGCUGACGACAGCCGGUGGCAAUGGCACAUUCCGCGGUCAACGGGACUGUGGAAGUGUGCUCCGCGAAUCCGCACAGGUUGAUAUACUGGGAAUCGUGUGCAACCUGCGCCUGCAGCGUGGUGGCAUGGUGCAAAAUUCCGAACAGUACGAGCUAAUCCAUCGUGCGCUCUGUCUGUAUCUGGAGAAGUUAACCCAGGAAGGGCACAUAUAGGGGCAUAAGCAUAAGAUAAAAUAAUCUACUUGAAUCUUUGUCUAGAAAGCGACAUUUUUGUUGUGUUUGCUGUGAGACUAGGAAAUGACCAGAGGCGCACAAAAAAAACCGUGCUACAAAAGGAAUCGUUUGUGUGUGUGCAAGAUACCAAAGAAGAAUAUAGUCGGCAUGAGACUCAAACGCGGGAAACAAAAGCAGCACAAAAACAAAACAACAAGAAAUACAAUCAAACUAAUGUUCAGGCAUGCAACAAACUCAAAACGAUACACACCCAGUGGGUAGAAGUAAACGGUAGAUCUGAGUAAAUUUAGCGAACGUAGACAGUAACGACAAACUGACAAAAGAUGAUAAACCCUUAGUUAUAAUCGAAACCGGGACUCUUGACGGUCUCGACAAAUGGGAAUGGGCAGGCGGGAUAUUUAAUGACUAUUGCGUGUGUGGAUGUUGCGUGCAUGUGGUACGAAUGGUUUAAGGAAUUAUGAAUUCAAUGUAUGUUUGUCCUUACUACUAUGUAUGCAGAAGGUAUUCUAAUGUGGGAUUGAAUUAGUCAGAAGCGAAAAAAAAAACACAGAGCAAACUCACGCAGAUACUGUAACUUAACAUUAUUACAUAUUACAAAAGAAAUGGGAAAAUCAAGGGGUAAAACAUUAUAGAUAAUAGAUGCAUUAUAGAGGGAUGGGUAUUUGGGGGGUUUUGGUGAAACAAUUUUACAAACAUACUGAACACGGACAUAAGCGCACACACUAAAACACACACUGCAACUAUAAACGAAGGGAUGAAGGAAUAGGGACAUGCGGGAGGAAUUCGCGCUUAAUGAAUGUUUUAGCGUAAGUGAAUUGUAUGCAUGCGUAUGAAAGCGAUUAGAACAUCAUGUUUAAACGUAAUGAUAGGGACAACUAAAUUAUUACAUAGAUGGAGCAUAUAUACAUUUACACGCAAAUCACACAUCCAUAUAUACAUAUAUAUACUUAUACCCAUAGAGACACAACAAAGAAAAGCGCAUCCUAAAAACAGAUUUGGAUCAAGGCUGGAUUUUUUUAACAUAUUUACCAAAUGGCAUCGUAUAAAUAUGGAUGUUUUGUUUCUUCGUUUUGUUUUGGCAUGGAGAAGUCCCGUAGAGAGCUAUAAAAAGAUCAAAAUGCAAAACAAAGUACAGAAACACACAUCUAGGAUAAGGACUCUUUCGCAACAUGCGUUUUACUGGGUUCGGAACUGUGCGGCACAUGGAAACAAUCGAAUCUGGAAUACAUGGAAUACGGAACAUUUAGCAGCCGUUUAGUUGCAGUAGGUGCAGAUUAGCUACAAGUGGAAAGUAUUAUAUUAUAGUGUAGAACAAUUGCAAGGCAUGCGGGAGUUCGGAUGAGAUUGGUGGUUAGUGGUGGGUGGCACCACCGAAACCCGGGUGGAAAUCAAUGCUGUGGGAUGCGCAAUUUUUGCUAACGUCGAUACAAGACACACUUGAUGGGCAUACACCUGUUCAACAUAGAGAACUAUUUUUAAUGAACUCAAAACCUACCGCCAGCUUCAUGACCGUUCACAUUGUGUGAAAAUAGGACAAUUUUAUCGGGUAAAACCAUUCAGGAUGGCAAAAUAUUUAACAAAACAGUACAGGGCGACGAUACACUCCGGUCGCCGGGCAUUUAAGUACAAUCGAAUAGAACAGACGAGUUUUAUGCGUGCUCAAAUGUGUUUUUAUGUUAAAAUUUGCCACCGCAGUCGUUAUACCACCGGAGAAAAGAUGUGUGCUAGCCGAGCCAAAAACGGUGACCAAAACAAAAUGAUAACCGUUUAAUGCAUGGGGUUCGAGCGGAGCAGUUGCGUAGCGUUUUUAUGUUACAAAGGGUGGUAGGGUGAAGUUUUUUUUUGUAUUGGUCGUGAGGUGCUAUUUAAAAAGCACCCACCCUUCGUCACCGUUGCCACCGCCGAUGCGUAUACUGCUCCGGGUAUGGAAGUAUGUACGGUGAUAACAGUACCAGCAGCAGCAGCAUAAACCAAAACCAAGCAAAAGGCAGAAACCUGAAUCGCAUAACCAUAAGAAUCAACCACCACAAACCAACAACAAUAUGUGUGUAAAUAAAUGUGUGAAAAAAUA